AUGAGAAAAACAACGACAGGGUUUUAACUCUUAGGCUCCUCUUAAAACCCUAUUCAAUCUCCAAGGUCCAAUUCUCCGGAUGAUAUUUUGCUGUCAUUUGACGUUAAGCAAAUACACACAAAGAAAUUGAAGACCCUAUAAUAAAUGAAGAAACUUAAUAGGAAAUUUACAUCCUAAGAUAGAAUGAGAGAAUGCAAAACUAAAGAUUCUUCUAUUAAUACCAGUAAUUUAGCAAGAGUUUAAUCAUAAGAAAAUAGCAAAGUUGCAUAAAAAGUAAUUCCAUUAGAUGAGUACUUUAAGAACAGUAUUUUCAGUAAAGUGUUUGUAUCCCCGAAUGAUAAUAGUGCUAUCCGGCAGAUAAAACUAGGCAAAAAGAAUCAUUCAGAGAAUUAAAUAUUUUUAAGGGCCUAGUAAAAAAAUGGGGACAGUUAAGGAUAAAACAAGAUCCUAAGAAUUCCAGUUUUCGGAGUAAUUGAUCACAAGAUAAUAAAUUUGAAUCAGUCUUAGAGAGAAAUUAGAAACAAUAUAGAUGAUAAACUUAAGGAAAAGUUGUAGGCAACUUAUUACAAGUCUUUUCAAAAAACUAAAAGGAGGCUAGGCAAUUCUAGAGAUAUAGAUAUUUAGUUGUAAAAUUAGCCUAUUAAUCAAGAGUAAUUUUCACCUUCGAAAAUGUAAAAAGAGGAAGAAAUGCCUGAAGUUGAUUUGAUUGACAGCAGGCUAGGAUUUAAUCCUAAUGGCCUUAAAUUUAGACAGGCAAACUCCUAGUCUUAAACUCACAGAUCAUCAAGAGCUAAAGAUUACAAGCUAAGCGCGUCAAUAUCAAGCAUAAAUCCGAUGAUUAUUCAAAAUAUUAAACCAAAUUUUUAGAAUCAAACUUCCCCCAGAGACAUUCAUAGAAAAUACUAUAGUAAAAGAUUUAAUGCUUAAAGCAAUCUGAGCAUUCAAAAAGUUGAUUUUGCUUCAUAGAUGGAACUUGAUCCCAGUAAACUUAUUCCUACUAAAACAUUGCUUUAAGGCAACAAAAUUAAUGAGGAUAAUUUGAGUGGAUUGCUGAUCCCUAAUGGUAAAUAUAUCUAUGAUGAAAAUAUGAAGAAAUUAAUUUGCAAUAACAUCAACAAUAGCCACAACUUUACUUAGCAAACCUUCAAUACGAGUAUAUAGAACACACCUUCAAGCCAACAGUUCUAAGUGCAAGUAAGACUAAAGAAGUACCUAGAGAAAUCUAAACAUAGGCCAUAAUUCAGUGUUUUAAAGAGUAAACUUCAAGAAUUUGAUUCACUACUGAUUGACACAAAGAAUGCAUAAGGGAAUCGAACGCAUAAUACGAACACUAGGUAGAAUUCCCCGCAAAGAAAAGAUAGCUAAAUUGAUAAGCUUAUGCCCCUGAAUAAUAAAUUAGUAACUCUUAUAAAUAAAAGGUAAUCAAUUAAUAUGCCCAAUUAAAAACUACAAUUAACAAUGACCAAUCCUAAUUCCUAAUUUAACUAUAACAAUAAAUUAAUAAAGGUACUUGUGGACGAAGAAACCCAAAAAGAUUCGAAAGACUAAUAAGAUUAGCGCAGAAUCACACCAGUUAUGAGCAAGCAUUCUCAGAAACCUUAAAUUGAAUAACUAAUCAGCAAAAUUGAUGCUAAGAUACCUCUUGAAAACAUAAACCAAAGUAUGAACAGAGAGGAGAGUAAAGACUGUGAUACCCCUGAUUCGAUGUUCACUAUGGGAUUAGAUAGCUUUUAGAGUCCGUUAAUAGGGCGUAAGAAGGGUCGGCAUUUUAAUCAAUUAAGUUCAAAUAGUAAAAAGAAAUAUAUGAGCAAUAACAACAAUAAUAUACUUAAACCGAUUUUCACAGAAAGGAUUUUUAUGAAGCAAUAGUAUUAAUAAUAGUGA